CAGAAUUUGAUCGCCAUUCUUCCGCAAAUCCUGAGAGACCUUUAGAGAGGCUACCCCUGCCUAGAUCUGACAUGAUUCAUAAUCUUGCUCCUCAUCCAUCAGUGCUAGAGGAUGAUGAUGUGGCAGUCCUGGAUCUUAUUACAUGCACUGGUGGAGACUUAAAACAACCGAGAGGGAUAUCUGGCUCAACAGCGAGGGUGCCUGAUGCUGAAGAUUAUACUAGAGAUGAACUCCACAAGAUGUUUCCAUCAAUCGCAGGACCUACCAGGCACAAGUCAGAUCUAAGAGCCUCUUCUCAGGAUUUAAGAGCGCAAAAGGAUAGAGUGUAUGUUCAUUUUGCGGAUGAUAAAAUACGACCAUCUGAUAAUCCAAAUCUGAAAUACACAGAUGAAACAAAUGCUAACACAACAAUAUCCACAAGAGGACAUUUCACACCAAAUCCAAGGGUAACAAAUCAUAUUACGACACCCAGGGGCAGCACUUGGUCACAUGAUCCAAGAUAUGCCCCAGAAGACCCUACAUCUGACAGGUCUGUUAAUUAUAAGGAUGACUUUCCCAGAACACAAGAAAGAGGACAAGACAUGAGUGUACCAUUGUCAGCAAGGUCAUAUGAACUGUCACCUUCUAGAAGACUACAACCUUCUCCUAAACAAUCACAAGGACCUCUUGCAGACAAGUUAGGUCCAGGAGGUGAUAUAAGCAGCCAAAGAGAGAUGCCAAUACAUGACUCUUUUGCAAACUCAACAAAAACGGUAACUGCAGACACUUCAGGUUCUUUAGAUCAAGAAGGACUCUUACACAAACUUCUUGACUUAGUGGACAAGUACUGGAAUGGAUCCAAAUCACUUCAUAGCCACUCAAAGUUUCAGAGUCUUGCUCAAAAACUUCUUUCUUCCUACUCACCAGCUUCCAUGGAAAGAGCACAUUUGACACCAUCACAUGAUAAUGAUAAACUACAAACAGAACUGAAGGAAAGAACAGCAGAAAUAUCAAGACUACGUGACCAAAUGUCACAACAGCAAACUGAACUGGAACAAUUGCGUAACAAGCUAAAAAGUCACGAGGGAUUAAAGGGUUCACUUGAUGGUGCCUCACAUGAGCUGGCCUCAGUGAGAUCAAGACUUCUGGAGUUUCAGGAGGAGAAUAGUGCCCUGCAAUCUAAAAUAACUGCUUUAGAAGUUACCUCCCAUGGUGCCUCAGAGCAAGAAAAACUUAUAGGUGAACUUCAACACAGAAAUCUCUCACUUCAGGAACAAGUCAAAUCUCUCAGCCAGCAGGUUCAACAACAAAACAUUAAUCUGGAGCAAUUACAAGAGCUCACAAACAUGCUCCAAGAGAGCCACAGAUCAUUAGUUUCCACCAAUGACCAUUUGCUGCGAGAACUGGACGAGGCACGGCAGCGCCAUCAACAUGAAGUUCACCAGAUGCACUGGAGCUAUGAUAAUCUUAAAAAGACAAUUGACUGGUUACCAAAUAGUGUCAAGUAACAUCAAGACAAGAACAGAUAUCUCUUCCUUUGAUACUGUAAAGAUGUUUGCUUACAAAAUAACAUAAAAUUAUUUUAUGUGAUAAAGAAAGAGUACCUUGUGAUAAAGAGAGAGUACCUUGCAUUUUAAAGCUUGUGUGACUAUUUUUUGCCCAAGUUUAAAAAUAUUAUGAAGAAUCUAUGAACUAUAACUUUCAAUGAAAGUCUAAAAUCAUUUCCUAAUUUGAAAGCUUGGAAUGUAAAACUUUUUUGUUACAAUGUAUUAUUCUGUUUGAUUGUACAGCACUUAAUUUAUUCAGGCAUUAUGUGCAUAUCAACUUAAAGUUAUCCCUUCAACCAUUAUGUGUAUACACCCCAUUAUCAUAAUCAUUAUCAUCAUUUUUUUUUUCUGUGCAGGGAGGUAGGGAGGUAGGGAGCUGUACAUACCUACGCAUUCAGUAAUAUUUUUAUAUGUCAAUUAUUUUCACUCAUUAGUGUGUCAGCCUGAUUCUCAGAUGCUAGUUUGCCAUUCUGCUCAUAAAAUAAUCAUGUCAAACCAGUGUGUGUAUGCAUAGUGUAUUAUAAUAAAGUAUCCCUAAGUUUGUAGUGGUGAUAUUAUCACUUCUUAUUUCUUUUGUUGUUGUUAUUAUCAUCUUUAAAUCUACAGAGUUGGUACCAUGUUAUUAGGGAGACAGGUCAGGCAGGGACGUGUCAUAGUUUUAUCAUUUGUGCUUGUAGGUCUCUUAGAGGGGAAACGAUCAAUUAAUAUAAAUGUGGAAGAUAUUUGGUGACAAGAACUUUUUUCUCAGUUUUAUUUGUUGUGUUUCUUAAGAAUUACUCCACUCAACUUCAAGGUUGUCAUAACAUAUAUAUUUGAUUAAGUGCCCAACCUUGAAUAAGCACCCUUCCUGUUGAAAGGAAAAGUUAAUAAACAACCCACAUAGGAUAUGAUAGACAGGCACACAGCCAAAAAAAUGCUGCAAUCAUACCUUUCCUCUAUUUUUCCAAGUCAGAACAAGAAACUCCCAAUUCUCAGAAAAAGCUGCCUUUUUUCUCAUUUCUGUUUCCCUUAGUUUUGCAACAAAGCAAUAUGAGGGCAGCAGGGCUGGAUAGCUUUUCCCACACAGGCUCAUUUCAACCCAUCCUGCCCAGUGCAAGUCUGCUUUCACUAUGGUUAUCUAUUGGAUUGCAUAAUAGGGGCCUGAUGGGUCAUAUAAUCAUAUACAAUAAGAUAUUUACCAAAUUAGGGUUUAGGCACACAAUCAUGUACCUCAGCUAGCCUAAGAAAAGUUUUCAGGCCCUAAUGAAAUCCCUAAUUGUUUGUGCUUUUUCUUGAGGACUAAAAGCAAAUAACAGUACAGAUUUUUAAUUGAGUUGUCAUUAUAUUCUCUUAGAGAGAAUGAAUAGAAAGUAUUUUUCUGUGUAAUGCUUCCUAAGAAUUUGCCCCAGCGUGGCUUAAGUAGCUGCUAGGGGGUUUCCUACUGAUCCCGCACCAUAUCAAUAGAUGGUAACCACUGACAUAUGAGCCACAACCUUUUUCAGUAAAUUCUCUCGACUAAUCAGGGGUGCAGCUUAUAUGCAAGAACAUCUUUAAAAUGUGCUGCAAAUUUGCAGAAAUUAUCACAAUCCAUGGAAAAUUUAUUAGCAUAUUAAAUGCCAUUUGUUUUAAGUAAAACAACCAUUCGCUCCGAUGAAGGGCUAACGCUCGAAACGUCAGCUUUUGUAAUCGUUACGGUGGCCAAUUUAGCAUUUCAACUUUGUUGAUAUAUACAAAUUAUUAUGUUUUAAGUAAAAGUCUAUCGAAAAUUGGACAGGAAUGAAACUAGUACUAGUUGAAAACUACCAGGGUAAGAUAAAACUUAUAUCUAAGUCAGCAAAUGUUGUCCAAACCAUAUCUGCAAAAAUUAUCAGUCAUUGGUAACAUUGCCAAUGUUUGUGACUUUAGGCCCCAAUUUCAAAGCAGCAACCAAGAUAAAGUAACCUGCUCAAGACUUCACUCGUGAUUUCUUUUCAAAAAUGUUUUC